CACAUCCAGCACCAAGUUUCCAACAUGGCGUCCAACCGGGUGCCGGAGAGGGAGGUCCAGGAGGAGCCGAGGCGCAGCGCUGCGACCGCAAACCUCCACUUCUGCCUCCACAAACACUCGCUGCUCAUCAUUAUCGGACGGACUGCUCACCCCAGACAGGCGGGACACAUCAGCGGGGACAUUGAACGAGGUAUUCGGUCAUGGGACAUCGACUUAAAAUCCUGUAACCUGAAUCUCUAUUUCCAAGAAUUCCUCUCCCAUCACACGGCAUCUUUUAAGGCUGCAGGGCAGAAGUGUCUGCGCCACAGCACCAGAGUGUUGGACACUCAGGUGCUGAUCUGUCCAUCUCAGGAACAGGUUCGUUCAGAGGUGUUGACUCUGCUGUGCAGAGAGUCGGCCCACAAGCUGCUGAUCUUGACCGGACAGAGUGUGGAGGGAAGUGGAGACCUGCUGUUUCACAGAGGACUGUUCUCGCCACAUCAACUGAAAGAAAUACUGACAGAGCAAUUUAUAGAUGAAGAGAGCUCUGCCUCCUCCUCCUCCUCCAAACUCAGCCUGACCGUCAGCUGUCCCAACAUCGGCCAGUGGAGGAAGACUCUCUUGGGAAACCAGCCUCUGCAGGGUCCUUUCACGCUGCACAUCAAUCCCCCAGAGGUGCUGCCUGCCAUGGAGGCCUUGGGGGAAUUCAACUCCCUCAUCUCUGGAAUCCUUUCCCCUCCAUCUCCCUUUGACCUCCUGCCUCCUCCCUCCACUGUGGGUUUUCUGAAACUGUCCCGGCCUUGCUGCUACGUGUUCCCUGCCGGCCGCGGCGAUUGUGCCUUCUUUGCUGUUAAUGGGUUCACAGUGCUGGUGGAUGGCGGCUCAGACUCCCAGGCCUGUUUCUGGAAGCUGGUCCGCCACCUCGACCGAGUCGAUGCAGUUUUGUUGACACACAUUGGGACAGAGAACCUCCCUGGGGUCAACGCCUUCCUGGAGAGGAAGGUGGCGGAGUUGGAACUGAGCUUGGAUAUUAAAGAUGACUUGUCCAAGAGACUCAUCUCUCCUGAGCUUGGAGUUGUGUUCUUUAAUGCCCCUAACAGGUUGCAGGUGGAAGAACAGCCUUGUGUGGACAACGUCCUGAAGAGCACACAACAGGGGGCCCUAACCCUACAGUUGUUAAAGAAGUUAGACAUCACCCCACAGCCCCUGUUUCGACCACAGGGGAUCCCCGUUGAGCCACUAACCCUGUUCCAAAAGAUGGGAGUGGGACAGUUGGAUUUAUACAUUCUCAACCCUGGCAAAAACACAGAGGAAUACCAAACAUUCAUUCAAAACUGGCCCAAUGCAGUGCCAUCAGCAUCCAAAUCCCCAACCCUUCCUCUCACUGCUCUGGCAUCAGUGUGUGCCCUGCUCGUGUGGCACCCAGCAUGUCCGCAGGAGAAGGUCGUCAGAGUGCUGUUCCCUGGUGCUACCCCACAGGCAAAGCUGCUGCAGGGGCUGGAGAAGCUGAAGGGUCUGGCUUUCCUCCAGAAACCCACAGUGACCACUGGGGAUGUGGAGAGGUUAGGGGAGGACAGAAGAACCAAGAGGACAGAGAGCCAGGACAGUGGCAGGUCUCAAGUGAAGGAAUCAACAGCAAAGCAUGGAAAAGAUAGGGGAGUUAAAGAUGAGGGAAAGGAGGUACUGGUAAGGGAAAAAGGAAAAGUAUUAAAUGGAGUCAUGACAAGAGAUGCUGAUAAAACCAGAAACAAAGAGGCAGGUGUAAAGCAAAAAGCAGUAGCGUCAGAGAAGAAUACUUCAAAGAAAGGAGGAGGGAAGGAUGGGAAAAAGGAGGAGAAGCCUGGCAAUAGAGAGGAGAACAGCGUUAUGAGGAAUGAUCAGGGGAAAAAGGAUGUUCUUGCUCCGAAACCAAAGAAUGAAAAUAAAACUAAACUCAAAAAGGAAGCAAAAAAUGACUCUAAAACAGGGGUGAAGAAAACAAGAAAACCAUCAGGAAAGGAGGCAAAUAAUGGCAAGAAGGCACACAUGAACACUGAAUUGCCAAAUAGCAACUCAACAAACCCUGACACUGGGACUGUGUCAAAACCAGAGACCUUUGAUGCAGAGCAGAAUCAAAAACCUGAAAAAGAGUCUGAAGAGAACCCUUGUGGCUCCAAAAUGUCUACCCCUGAGGAUAUGACAGCUGACUUUCUCAGGCUCCAGGAGGAAACUGCAGCGCAGGUGGAAACAGCAGAUAAAAGAAAGCAGGAAAACAAUGAGUCAGGAAAUGAAAAGAGCCUUGGAGGUCUGAGCAAAGAGCCAAGUAAUGAAGUUGCUGAUACACUAGGGGGGGAAGAAGCAGCAGGUGGCGCAGGGAUAAUGGGAGAAGAAAGUGCUGAUAAUCGACAGCAAGACAAAGGCAGGACCCUAGAGAAAGCUGAUGCAGACCUACGGAAAGAGCCUUUAGACCAGUCUGGAAAUACUUCCAAGCCAGCCAAAGUUGUAGGUUUUCCAUCUCCUUUGAACAAGAGUGAACGCUCAGUCCAGCUCGACUUAACCCCGACUGAAUUCACUCUCCUGGAUGGGGCUUUGAAAUACAGCCCUCCGUCGCGGUCCUCUCCACAGAACCAGGCCCCAGUAAGCCCCGAUGAGGAGACUGUAGAGCCUGACUCCCCUGACUCCCGACCCAACAGUGCAGGCCACACUCCUUACUGUCUUUCCCCAGAUGAUGUGUGGUGCAACAGGGCCACUCUUAGCAGGUUACAGGCCCAGAUGGAUAACUUAGAGUCCAGUGAUAUCAACCAACCAAACGGAUCAUCUAUGCAAAGUGAGGGGCAGCUGUGCAAACUCAAAAUGACACAAGAGAGCCACGCAAACACCCGGGACAAGCACCUAAGUUUCCUGUCUUUGGGUACGUUCAAAGAAGGAUCUUCAGACCCCUCUCCAUCUGUUGCUACUACCACUACUACACACUCUAUGCCAGCAGAGGUGAGUUCGCCUCAGUCAACAGAAGUCGAUGAAUCGCUGUCCAUGUCUUUAGAGCAGGGACCAACCUCUGUGAGCCAAAGAGAAGGGGAUGACAGUUUUCAUCACUCCAGUUCCAAUGGAGGGCAUUUUGUGGGGAUGUCUUUACCAAUGAAGAAGCCUCCAAGAUCUUUAGUGCAGGGUUCAGAGAUUGGGCGGCCUCCAGCUCCUAACACACUUCAUUUUGAGACGUCAGCUCAUGAGGUGGAUCUAUGUCUGGUUUCUCCCUGUGAGUUCAAGCAUUUCAAACCAGCUGACUCCAGCUCAGGUGCAAGUGAGGCCCCCCGAGGAGGCUUUGCUUCACAUCAUCAUGGCAACAACAACAACAACCCCAAGGAUGCAUCACCCAGCGAGUCGAAUGCCCCCGUCUGCAUUGAGGACUGCCCGUCCACCACAGCAGAUGGAGUUCUUGACUCUGAUGACGAUGAGUCAUGUAGCGAGCCGUCUAACUCCCCCCAUGACCUCCGCACCAGUCAGGCUCUGCCCCAGGACCCUCUUCCAGCCCCCCUCAGGGACAGUCCGCCCUUGCCCCCGCAUCCUGAUACCUCCAUGCCUGUACCACAGUCUGACACAGAUGAUCACGGGAAGAGAGCUAAAGCCACUGGCAAGCGAGGGAAAAAAUCUCCAGCUGUUACUGAGGCCUCCCAAAGAUCAGGCUCAGGGAAAAGCAGGACAGGGAGCCAAAGUGGGACCGUAAAGGGAAUUGUCUCCUCUACUCGUAUGGCUUCUUCUAGUACGCGUUCAGCACCAGCAAAAUCCUCACCCAAUCCUGGCUCUAAGUCGACCUCUUCUGAGGAAGUCAGCGUGUAUGUGGACCUGGCUUAUAUUCCCUCUGGAGCCUCCUCUCCGACAGUCAAUGUUGACUUCUUUAGUUGCGUUCGCUCCUCCUGUUACAUCAUCAGUGGCGAAAGUCCAGAGAGAGAAGAGCUGCUGAGGCAUACACUGGAUGCACUGCUGGACAGCAAGAUAAACUGGCCUGACAGUAUGCAGGUGACAGUGAUCCCUACUUUUGAGUCAGUGCCGAUGCAGGAGUGGUACCAGCAGACCCUGGACAGGCAGAAGGAGCUGGGCAUCACAGUCCUGGGAUCUAACAGCACUGUCGCCAUGCAAGACGAGACCUUUCCUGCCUGCAAGAUAGAGUUUUAAGGCAGACUUCGGGAUGCAGAGUGGAUGUUAAAUAAGCAUAGAAAUGUGAAGCAGACAGGGUGAAAGGAGUAACAAGAUGUAUAAAGUUAGAAAGAAGUUUAUGAGGAAAAUGAAGGGCUUACAUGGCCUCUUACAUGGCAAGAACACAACCGAGUGGGUAAUUAUUUGGGAUGUUCACCACACCCCGUCCUGUUUAAUCACUUCUUUGUGGGAUUUUUGCGAGAGGAAGUCCUUAUUUCGUCCUUAAUCCGAGGAGAACAGACAUUCCUGUGGCGAGUUUUGCAUGAAUAUUUUGACCCAUGAUCCUGUGCAACACAGGAGAGGAGAUCAAACUGGCUGCAAGAGAAGCAUGUCUGGCUGCAAACAUGUGGAUGCACAUGAAAGCUGAUGUUGUGGAUUAGUCAAUGUAGUUAGCAUAUGUGGGGUUAAAGACGCUGUGUGUCAGCUCUUAAUACAUUCUGCGCUGAGGUGUCAUAGUAGUCUGUGCUAUGUUUAAAGGCCCAUUUUACUGCUUUUAGUGCUACAUUUGCAUCGUUUAUUUAGUUGAAGGAAUUCAAUUCAGCAAAUCACACUACUUCAGAUAUUCCCAAAUGGAAAGAGUGUGCAAACUGUUGUGUGUGAAAGCAUCUAUCACGUCAUCUUUCUCUUGAAAUUAUAUUUGUCUGAUGAGCGCAGAACGUGUCUGUAUCGUGAAAAGAUUCUUACGUCAAUGAUAUCGCAUUCACAGUGUUUGUUCAGGUGUUUGUUGUAAGCACUGUGUGUGCAAACUGCAUCAAAAAAAUAUUGGGACACUUUGGUUUAGCUGCUGACCUCGGGAUUUCAGAAAUAUUACAACCAGACGUGAGGUGUUUGAUGUUAGUGAGUGAUAAUCGUCUGCUGAAUUUGAGAUUACUGAAUCUGAGAGUGCAAAGACAAAUCUGUCAACAGGGAUUAGAGCACCAGAUUAAAUUUAAUAGCAUUACAGCAAUCAUCUUAGUAUAGUAAUUAAUUUUAAUCAAUUACAGGAAUUAGGACUCAGACAGCAAAUGCUGCUAUCGAAUUAGAUCUCAAUUUAUUUUCUUACUCGAUAAAAUGAAAGGUGAUGAGAUGUAUUUUGAUUGUGGAUAUGAUGGAUAUGAUCCUAAAUUUAUUGUGGACAAACUAUUUGCACAACAUAAAGCCAAGGUGUGGUCAUGGGUGGUUUCCAAAUACUACUUUUGACUCAUUAUUCCAGUUAAUUCCAAGCAUAACAGUAUACAAUUUGACAUUUGUUAAGAGUAAUUUUUCCAUUAAUUAAUGGCUACUUAAGUGUAAAUAGAGGAGUUCCUUUGUGGUUAUGAACCGCUGACGCUCUGAAUUCAGCUAACUAAACUAAUUCAUUAACUAACUAACAUGCUUCAGGAAAUUAUUAGGAAAUUACAGAUCAGUAAAAUAAUAAUAAUAACUGUAUUUAUAUAGCACUUUUCAAAACUCACAGUUACAAAGUACUUCACAAAAAAAAUAUAUAUUGCAAACCGAAAAGGACAAUCAAUGAUUAAUUAGAUAAAAUAGAGUAAAAUUCAAUAAAAUAAAAGUAAACAAGAUGAAGAUAAAGUAAAAUAACAAAUUGAGUUUGAUAGACUCAAUGACUAGGAAAAGCCAAGUGAUUAAAGUGAGUUUUAAGAAGAGAUUUAGCCCAUAAUAUGUAAUGUUUUACAGUGAGAUCCCUCCAGACUCAUCUGCAGGGGUGUUGGACUGAGGGGAAAAGGGGGACUGAGUAUAAACAAAGAUACCAGAAUGAAUAGCCGUGGAUUUGGGGAGGGGCCCCUAGAGAAGGCCUGUGAACAGGCUCCAGGAUUUUAGGCUGCACCCCUGCCUGUCCUGUCUGUCCACUGUUUUGUCCCUGGAUGCUCAAAAAUUAAUUUCUUAUUCUGGUGAGAUGAAAAACAAGUCACCACUGGAUAUCUUUGCCUUUGAAAGAAGUAGUUCACACAAAUUUGAAUGUGAAAUAGAGUUUCCUCAAUACCAAAGCAUGAGACUGCAAAGACCCCACUGGCUGUUGCUGCCUUCAAAUACAGAAAAAAUGUUAAAUAAUCUGAAAGAUAUUUUGUAAUUAUUUAAAUGCACUGUUAAACUUUAACCAGUUUUCUUUUUAAUUUUAAUAAGUUGUAGUUUGCACAAUCAUCUUCCAUUUCUUGUUAUAGUUUUCUCUAACUGUGUUUAAAUCACAUAUAUCGUCCUGUCCAAAUUAAUGAGAACCCUAAUGAUCCAGUAAGAAGAAAGGAGAGCUGAAGUAGCUCUGUAAUCAUGGAUAACAAUUAUUACUGUGAAUCCCACAGUAGACAAGUGAAUUGUAACUCUAUGUACGUGUCCCGCAUGUAUAAAAUACUGUAUGUACCGUAUGUUGUUUCAUUCAUGAUAUUCAUGAAGACAGAGAGAAAAGCACUGUGGGAGAGCAGGGUGGUGGAAUGAAAACGUUCUCUGCUGGGAUGAACAUUAAGAACCUUUCACUUUGUAACUGUCUGUAAGUACGUACAGAAAAAAAAAAAACGUGUGACGGUGUGUAUGAAUAAAGAAUGUGCAACACCAUC